AUGCCUGCCUUCGAGGCAACCCGUGGACCGUCUGCAGGCGGGGCGGAGCGGGAUAGAGGAUCCGGGAGGAAGGCUGGCCACUCUUCGCGGGAGAAGGCACUCAAGAGCCAGUUUCAGCACAGAAUGCCCGUUUUAAAUGAGAUGAUUUCUCUCCAGGAGAAACUGGAAAGCGACAUUCAACACAUCGAAGCCAAAAUCUACGAAAUGGAGGGCGACUACCUCGCAGCCACCGCGGACGUCGGGAACAUGAUCAAAGGCUGGGAAGGCUACAUUUCUUCCAGUGCCAAAGCUCGGCGACCUCCCGGCAAACUGUCCACCCCCUCAGGAGCGCAGGACCGCCUCUUUUCUCUGACAAGUUGCACCAGCCGCGUUUGGCGAGAGUUCGGGCCGUGGACGGACGAAGACCCGUCGGCAGCGGCGCCGGCCACAGGCAAUGGGAAAUCCUCGUGGCAGGCGUCGAGCGCGCCUUCCCAAAACAGUGGAGUAUCUGGACGGCACUCGAGUUGUACAUCUUCUUCAGCUCGCUCGGCAAAGCGCAGCCAGAACAAACAUUCCUGCAUCGUCAAGUCCGGGGACAGAGGAAGCAAAUCGAGUUCCGGACCAGAGCUGCACGGAAAGGCCUUCUCUGGAGGUGGAAGCAGAGACGACUUGGAAGGAAAUCAAGGGACGGGGGGGAGUGGUUCUUUCGACGAGCCUCAAGGUCGAGGUGGAGGCGCAGUUGUCUAGACAGAUGCCUUGCAUGCGUUUCCUUUUCUCUCAGUCACGCUAACAAUCCCUUCCGUCUUCAACUUCUCACCUCUUACGCUUCUAGUUUGCUAAAGUCGAAAAGGGUAUCAAGGACGAAAGACAAGACUCCACGAGUUCGUGGAUUCUAUGACGGAGACCGAGGUGAAGUGCGGUCUCUGUCAACCAGAGAAGAUGCUAGGAUAAAACGGGUUUCCCGUUCUUAUAUUUAUUACAAUCGUUCUGCUGCUGUAUGCCGUGUCCGUUUUUUUCGCUGGGGACUGCGAAUCUGCGUCCCAACUUGGCUUUGACUUCGUGUAUUCGCGGCUCUCUUCCUUUUUUUCCGUGGGGGCAAAUGCUUAUCUCUCGCGUUCCCGGACGAGCGUCCUUGCUCGAGGUUCGUUACGUGAUCCCCUGGUUUGUUGAGACAUCCUCCCUGCAGUCCCUCUGUCACCUGCUCUCCUGAAACUCUUCUCCAGCUCUUAGUUAUGGUUGAAAAACUAGUGAGCGUUCCAAUUUUCAUCCUUUCC